AUGAGUGCGCUGUGGGUCUUGGCGCUGUGCGUGGCUGCAGCCUAUGGGCAAGAAUGUGGCGUUCCUACUUACCCACCCGUUGAAUCCCGAGUGGUCAAUGGACAGGAGGCUGUUCCACACAGUUGGCCCUGGCAGGUUUCUGUGCAGUAUAUCAGUUAUGGCUAUUGGUAUCACACGUGUGGGGGGAGCCUCAUUGGACGCAGAUGGGUUCUAACUGCCGCUCACUGUAUCAGCUCAGAUAAAACUUACAGAGUGCAACUCGGGAAACACAACCUUCAACAGAUUGAUGCCGGGCAGCAAACAAUCAGCGUGAUUGGACUUUAUAACCAUCCAGGCUGGGACCCAAACAACUUGGCCAAUGGAUACGAUAUCUCGCUCCUCGAACUGCAGGUAAAGGUGGAUUACAGUGACACCAUCAAGCCUGGCUGUUUGCCCCCCGCUGGGUACAUCCUUCCCAACCAAUUGGGCUGCUAUGUAACAGGCUGGGGGUAUUUGCAGACGUCCGGCCCACCGUCAGAGAAAUUGCAACAGGGGCUCUUACAGGUGGUGGAUUACCCGACCUGUUCCCAGCCGGACUGGUGGUGGGGAACCGUAAAGCCCAAUAUGAUCUGCGCUGGGGGUACCGGCGUCACCGCGAGCUGCUACGGGGACUCUGGGGGGCCGCUCAACUGCAAGAACACUGAUGGCGCUUGGGAGGUCCAUGGGGUGGUCAGUUUCGGCUCGGCCGCAGGGUGCAAUUAUUACAAGAAGCCCUCGGUCUUCACUCGCGUCUCUGAUUUCAAUGGCUGGAUAUGUGAGGGGAUAGCCCUGUGUGCCAUUGCCCUUACAGACGUUCAGUCGAUUGUUCUGCUGAAGGGUAGGCUGCAAUGA